UGAUGAUUACUUCCUGUUUCAGAAAAAUUAGGAAUUAGUUAUUUCAAAAUAUUAAAGUUUAUUUUGAUAUUGUAACGUAAUUGAUUACUGUUUAUUUAUGAAAAAAGUAAUAUCUUUUCCUGGAAAAUUUGUAAACUCAGUUUAGAGCAGCUGAUAACAAGGUAUAUUGUGUUUGAUGAAGUAUGUACAGGGAGUUUCAUCGACACGAGAGUGAAAGCAACAUGCGUCUGGAAGCUCCAAAGUUAAGGAUGGAUGAGAAUGCCGCCACUACACUGUUACAGUACAUGACAAAAGAACAGCUACAGGAGUUCAUUGAUAAUCCAGAGAAAGUUGACACACAUAUAGCUGACUUAGAGCAGACAGGUACUGGAUCUGUUCCCCCAGAAAAGACAAAAGUUAUACAGAAGGAUAGAGAGAAUAUUAUUGUGAAGAAUAAAAGUUUGGCGGAGUAUAAUAUCAGUUUGCAGCCUCAUUUUGAAAACCUGAAACGAAAUGUUGCAACUGCAUACGAAGAAGUAAAUGCAUUGAAGAUGGCAUUGUGUACAGAUGUUGCAAAACUAGAGAGUGCACCAGGCUGUCAACCACAUGACACAUUAUUAGCAAUCUAUCAAACAGAGGCUGCUGAUGCAGAUGACAAUUCAGAGGAAAUAGCUGAGAAUUUCUUGGAUGGCAAGAUGGAUAUUGACAGUUUUUUAUCGAAAUAUAUACCAAAAAGAAGUGAAGCGUUUACAAAGAAGGCAAAGCUAGAGAAAGUUGGUGAAUUAUUCAGACAGUUUGGAAGUACAAAUUCUGCUCCCUACCCUACAAACACUUCUUCACAUGACACUUAUAAUAAGCCACAUACAAGCAAUGUGGCUCCUCCUGCAUAUGGUGGUGCUGGUUACGGAAUGAGUAACAGGCCUCCAUACCCAGCCCCCGGGGGACCAUACGGAGGGAGUGGUAUGCCGAUGGCAUCGUAUUAUCAAAGAUGAGAGAACAAUAGUGCGUAGUGUAUGAUAUAGACUAGUAGCUCAUUGUGAUUAUUGAACAAAGCUCCAGUUUCUUGGUUGUUCAACUUUUCUCUUGUUUUGUUGUAACAUUUGCACGGCCAGUCUGAAAUAUUAAGAUUUGGCUGUUAAGGUUUAGGUAAAGGUAAAUUUCAUUUACCAUCUUGUUUUGAAACAGUUCGUAUAAGCUCUGCAGAGCUUUCAGGUGACCAUCAAGAACAAGUAAAACCAAUAAUACCUCAUCUCUAUUCACAGCUGGUACACAUGCUGGUAGCCAUUUACAGUUAGGUAGACAGAGGCAAGAGACUUGUCCAGCUGGGAGUAGCCAAAGAUUUGAACAUGGAGCUUCACUUUCAUGGUUGUGUCAAUCCAUUGGUUAAAUUCCAUCAAACUUAGAACAGAACAAUUCUUGUAUAUUUCAUUGAAAAUCACAGAUUUAAGCGCCAUGAGAAACACAUAUCCUAUACCAGGAACUUUGAUGCAAGUGAAAUUAUACAAUUUCACAGUAUAACAUCCAGAGAGAUACCCUUUUCUUUAAGAAGUUUAACCUUUAGCCUGCUGCUGGCAAGUGAUUCUUUGCAACAAACGCAGACCAAGAUGAGCCUGCCUGCACAUCUGUGCAGGGUCAUCUUGGCCUGCGUUUGUUGCAAAGAAUCACUUGCCAGCAGCAGGCUAAACUGCACUGUUCAGUAUUCAGUCAGUAAAUUUUUUAGUGAACACCCUUUUAAAUAAUGAAUGGUACUGCUCAGAUAGAUUAGUCCAUUCUAGAAAUUUAGCAGGGUAAAAAUUAAACCUUCUAUCAUUCAUCUUUAGUAUUAAUUGCCCACCAAACCAAAACAAAAAAAGAAGCUUGAAGAACUUUUCGAAAAAACAUGAUGUCACAUCCUGUGAGAGAGAAGUUUUACAACUUUAAGAUACUGGUUCCUAGUUCAGACAUUAUUUUAUAAGAAAGACAGUAAAUAAUUGUGUCACACCAUUUGUUUAAAAUCACUUUUGUUAAGUAUGCAGUAGAUGAAUUCCCCUGUUUGUGUUUUUAAUUACAUCUGUUUGAAUUAAGGAGAUUUUCAGGUUAUGCUGAGGAAAAUACUUGUUUAAACCAAGAAAUAAGUAUAUAUCUAUAUAAGUCAAGGAUAUUUUGUAGGUUCUACUUAUAAACAUAAUUGUUUAAAGUCAGGAAAUUUUUUUUGUUGUGCUGAUUAAUUUAUUUUUUGAAAUAACAUUUUGUAGGUUAUUAUGUCUCCCAUCACACAGUGGUGUGUGAGACAUAUUGACUUAGUCCUGUCUCUGUGUGUGUGUGUCUGUCACAAAUCUUGUCCACACUCUAAAUCAAACAUUCUCCAAACUUGAACAAAAUGUGGUUGACCAUAAGACCUCGACAAAGUUCGAUAACUAGUGAAAUCUCCCCAGGCACUUAUCACCCCAGGAAUUAUGGCCCUUGAAUUACCGAAAAUCGGCCCUUUAGUUCUUGUCAGUGCUCCAAGUCGAACAUUUCUCAUCCGAUCUUCAAGAGACUUACAAAAUGUGUUUGACGACAAGUCCUUGGCUAAGUUUGAUAACUAGCCAAAUCGGUCGAGGCACUUAGGAAUUAUGGCCCUUGAAUUACCCAAAAUCAGCCGUUUACACUUCAAAGGUAUAUUUAUAGUAAGUAAACUGUAUACAAGGACUGACUUACCAUUUAGAUGAUUAGGCAGUUGUGGGAGACAAGCGCUUUUCUCAAAAGCAGCUCUAGUAUUUAUAAAUAUAUUUAUUUACUAGUAACUUACAGAAUUUUUUGUUUUAGAUUAUGUUGUUUUUUUUUUAAGUUACAUUUCGUAGGUUAUGCUGAUAAACAUAUUUGUUUAUAAGUACCUUUUGGGAAAUUUUUAGGUUACGCUUAAGUUAGAUUUUGCAGGAUAUGCUGAUAAAUAUAUUUUUAAAAAAAGGAAAUUUUUUGGGUUAUGCUGAAAAAAAAUAUUUAAAAUUGAGGAAAUUUUGUUAGUUUUGCUGAAAAAAUAUAUUUUAAAAUGAUGAAAUUUUGUAGGUUAUGCUAAAAAAAUGAUUUGUUUAAAGUAACAUUUUGUAGGUUAUGCUGAAAAAUACAGAUUUUUUUGAAUUAAGGAAAUUUUGUAGUUGAUGCAGAUUCUUUUAGCAUACCUACGUUGAAAGACAUUUGACAUGAAAUAUGCUUAGAGAUUGUGAUAUAUAAGUUUUGUCAUGUAUUGUAAGGUAGAAAAUUAAUUUGAAUGGUGUAAAGUACUAAAGAUGAUGUCACCAAGAAGAUAUAUUGUAAACAUAAUGUAACUUGAUUAAAUGGUUACAAAUUACAGACAAUCUACAACUGAUCGUCCAAGAUCUUGGUUUAUAACUGGACUUUCUGAAAAAUUAUAUAGUUUAUAGUUUUCUUACAAUUUAUGUCAGUGUAAAUUUCAUUGUCUUCCACUCUUGCCUUCUAACAGAUAUGUUUUUGCUUAACACUUGUUAACAAACUAGUUUACACCCCUCUUACUUGCUUUGGUAUAUACAUGCCAUUAAAAACACUAGAAAUUUUAUUUAUGCCCAGAUAAUUACCUUAUAACAUAAAUUUCACAAAUUUAGCGUGAAUUGUAAAUCAGUUCUGUGACAGUGACCAGAUGUGCCACUGAUAAAGUUUUUAUGGUAACAGAAAGAAGAGAUUUUUUGCCAGUGGGAUUAACAAGAAUGCAUUGCAUACCAAGAAUUUGCAUUUUAUUGGUAGAUAAUCUCAGAUUAAUUUAGUAGUCAUUCAUACCAGUUCUUUAAAGAUGAAACCUUUUACGUCAUUAGUGAUAAUACUGUAGUGUUUUUUUAAAUGCUCAAUAUCGUCACACGUAUUACCUCACCCACCUCAUAUAUCAUCUUCCCCUUCUUCUGCCUGGCCAGUGGUUAAGCCUACCAACUUCAAAUCACUUGCCCCUUUUGAAACCUAGUUUUAGGUGUAGAAUUCUUUCAUCUGUGGAAAUAGUGACCCAGCGAGCAUAUGGAAGGUCAGUGGUUCUUCGACGGUACCCGCCCAUGCAUGAAAUAAUGUCCUUAGGGGAACCUAGGGCCCUUCUUUCAAUAAAAGCUGGAAAAGUUGCCAUAAUUUUAUUACCUUAAUUCUGAUGGGGGACCUAAAAUCCAUUAAUGUAAAACAAUGCAUCUUUGCCCAUAUAGCUUCCUGCAUCAUUUCAUCCACUCGCUAUAAAUAUACCAGUUAAUUUUUUGGUACAAAAUAAGAAGCAAGUUUUCUGCCUUUAACUGGAAAUAAAUCUAUAAUAGUUAUACAAGCCAGUUUUUCUUACAGAAAACCUAACUUCAGAACCACACUGAAGAAUUGGAGUUGUAUACUUCAUAUCUACAAAAUUCCUAAUGCUACACCAAAUUAUUUUUAACCACCAGCCUACCCCACCCCCAUUCCACCUUUCCUGAAGUACCACUUGCCCUGCCCAUUAAAUUCAAUGUUUAGAAUCUUAUUAACCAUUGGACACACAAUAUUAGAGUUUGAUAGAUAUAUCCUAUGUAAACUUUAUGUUCAGUGACUAUGAGUUUUCUUUUUGCCCUUGGUAUGCAUAUAAAUUUUAUAUUUAUUUUACAUUACAAUUGUGACGCUGUUGUGACAUUUCUUUUUGGAAGAUGAUUGAGAUAUCUUAUUACUCCUACUGUAAAUGGACUUGGGGGGGUCGACAUGAAACGGGUGAGCUUUCAGUUUCAUUUUAUUAACAAAAUAACAUUUAGUCACGAUUGCCAGUUGGGUGUUCAUGUUUGGAAUCAUCUUCAAGCAUAAUUUUACAUUUUCUUAACGCCAGAUUACUUUUGUUUUGCAAAAGUAGAAAACAAUUUUCAGUGAACUGUUACUCUUCAAUAUUUUAGUUAAUUCUAUUUAAUCAUUUAUGUUUAUGUGACAUUUUUGUUUGUAACAAAGAGUUUUACUCAAUAAAUGAUGAAAUAUCAGA